UUGGAACUUUUUGCUUAUUUACGUAUACCUACAAUUUUACAAGGAAUUAUAAAUUCUAGAACCAAUAAUAUUAGUGGUUGUUUCAUUAAUUAUAUAUAUAUGAGGUGCGUUGUCAUUUCCAGCAAAUUCACUUCACCUUCCCAUGAAUGUAAUAAUACUCCGAUCUCCUGUUUUGCCGGCACACAUAAAUGUUGGUAUUGUUGGCUGGUAAUAAAAGGCCGGGUUACGUUACAGCCCAGUCCCCAUGCUUAUUUAUGUCAAUCUUCAAUUCUCUGUGCACUGUGCAGUAACUAUACAUACACCCAUUUUAGAGAGAUUAUUGAGCUAGCCAUGGACCAAUUGAAAGCAACCAUGUCCAAUUCCUGUCCCUUGACGCCAUUAUCGUUCUUGGAAAGAGCUUCCAUUGUUUACGGCGAAUGCGCUUCCGUGGUACACAACUCCACCGUUUACACGUGGUCUGAAACCUACACUCGCUGCCGCCGUCUGGGUUCGUCCAUCUCCGCCGUCAUUGGCCCCGGGAGGGCCCAGGUGGUCUCCGUCGUCGCCCCCAACAUUCCGGCUACGUACGAGCUCCAAUUCGCCGUUCCCAUGGCCGGCGCGGUUAUUAAUAACAUUAACACGCGACUGGAUGCGAGGACGAUCUCUGUUAUUCUGGCCCACGGGGAAUCGAAGAUGGUUUUCGUGGAUUUUCAGUUCUGCCCGUUGGUUCUUGAGGCGGUUUCUUUGCUCCCGCCGCGGGUUAAACGUCCGACGGUGGUGCUGAUUGAAGACGGGUACGAUGUUGCGUGGACGACGUUUUCGAGGAAUAGUUUGAUAUAUGAUACGUAUGAGGGGCUGGUGAGGAAUGGGGAUUCGGAGUUCAAUUGGAUCCGGCCGGCCGGAGAAUGGGAGGCGAUGACGCUGAAUUAUACCUCCGGCACCACUUCAUCUCCCAAAGGAGUGGUGCAUUCUCACCGCUCAAUCUUCGUCAUGACGGUGGAUUCGUUGAUCGGUUGGUUCGUGCCGGAGCGGCCGGUUUACCUGUGGACGCUGCCGAUGUUCCACUCCAACGGGUGGAGCUACACGUGGGGAAUGGCGGCCGUCGGCGGCACCAAUGUCUGCCUGCGGAAAAUCGACGCCGAGGGCGUUUACGAGUCCAUAGUAAGAUACAACGUUACGCACAUGUGCGGGGCGCCCGUGGUACUCAACAUGUUGGCGAAUUCUCCGCGCGCUAAGCCUCUCAAGAACCCCGUCCAUUUCCUCACCGGCGGGGCUCCGCCGCCCGCCGCCGUCGUCCUCCGCAUCGAGUCUCUGGGGUUCAUCGUGAGCCACGGGUACGGGCUGACGGAGGUGGCGGGGGUGGUGGUGUCGUGCGUGUGGAAACCAAAAUGGAACGAAUUGCCGGCGGUGGAGCGGGCGAAACUGAAGGCGAGGCAAGGGGUGAGAACGCUGGGGACGGCGGCGGUGGACGUGGUGGAGGCGGAUUCCGGCAAGAGCGUGAAGCGAGACGGGUUGACAAUGGGGGAGAUAAUACUAAAAGGAGAUUGCGUUAUGUUAGGGUACCUUAAAAACCCCGAAGCUACCAGAAAAUGCAUGAAAAACGGGUGGCUUUAUACCGGCGACGUCGGAGUUAUGCACCCGGACGGCUACCUGGAAAUAAAAGACCGGUCCAAGGACAUUAUCAUCAGCGGCGGCGAGAAUGUGAGUAGCGUGGAGGUGGAGUCGGUUCUUUACUCCCACCCGGCGGUGAAUGAGGCGGCGGUGGUGGCGCGGCCGGACGAUUUCUGGGGAGAAACGCCUUGCGCUUUUGUAAGUUUCACCCACAACAAUAACAAUAAUCAUCGUCAGCCCAGCGUGAAGGAGAUGAUAGAGUUUUGCCGUGAAAGACUGCCACAUUACAUGGUGCCCAAGACGGUGGUUUUCAUGGCGGAGCUUCCAAAAACAGCCACCGGAAAAAUUCAAAAAUUUGCUCUCAGAGGGAUCGCCAAGAAGAUGGGGACAUUAACCAAUAGUAGAAUGUAAUUCACUAAUGGAUCAGAUCCGACCAACAACAUCAUAUCAUAUGGAGUCUGCUAAGGUGGUUGUCACUCAUUAAUUUUAUCUACUAUACAUUCAUUUCUAUAAAAAA